AUGGCUCGACAAAGGUACACUUCGUAUGUGCAAAGAGCACACAAUGACGACUCCGAUGCUGAAGAGCAUAUCUUGGUGAAAUCUUCGAUCAAUGGAGCGGUUGAAAGAAGAGUAGGGGACAUUCGGUUCUGGCUCGAGGAUCGAGAGAACCGUCGUUUGAAAGCAGAGGAGCGCCCUGAAGUCAAUGCUCGCAAAGCGGACGUCCACAACACACGCUCCCAAGAUUCACCCCUGCGAAACCAACCGCGAAACUCGGUGCAAAGCAAAGGAACACAACAACUCCUCGACAAAUCCUUUCGCAUAUCGAGAGUAAGCCUAGACGUGUCCUCUGUUUAUCUUCUGCCUGUUGGCAUUGUUGCUUCAGUCGUUGUCCCCUCACGCAAACACCCCGAACCCCUGAAUCAGUUUGUCAAGCACCAAUCUCCACCACCAACCGCAGAGGCGCACUCCCACACGUCUUCGCCCAUCAUGGCGCGCAAGAGAAAGAAUUCAGACGGGGCCUAUGCGUCGCGUCCGCGCAAGAAGACCAUCCAGUCUACACAAGCCAGCGCUUCUCCGUCUCCUGAAGUGCCACUCGCCACCACUCGCAGAUCCAGCCGCCGUGCCACCAAACCAGUCAGCUACGACGAAGCUGCUGCUUACGUAGAUAUUGAAGACUCUGACAAGGAAUCCGAGCAAGAGACCAAGGAAGAUCCCGAGCACGAACAAGAUCAAUACACAGAGUCAGAAGAGGAGCAGUCAGCAUCUUACAUCGUGUCCUUUGAUCAAUCGAUGUCGUCUGCUCAAUCUGAAUCUGGCUCGCCUGAGUCUGAUGAGGAAUUGAGAGUCAAGCGAAGGAAGGUCAACGAUGGGUGCGCUCGCCAACCUGCAAAGUCCACCCCUGAUUCCGCCGCUCCAGCUGAGCUGGUGGAAUGUGCCAACUCUUCAGAACAACAGGCCAAGUCCAGGCCCAAGAAGACCAAGGUCAACAUGAAGAAUCUCAACAAGGGCCUGAAGAAGGAUGUGAACCAAACAUUGCCUCCUCUUUCAGACAUCACAUCCAUCUUCACCCACCUGGUUGGAAAGGGGUUCCAGAAGGCCACCAACCACAUCCAAACAUACAGCCUUGAGGAUGUUUAUGGCAAGGCCGCCACUGCUUACGGCGCCCAGGUUGAUAUUCCCGGCAACGUGGAUAUGGUGAUUGCUGGCACGGCUUGUGUUGAUUUCUCAAAUCUCAACAACCACCAAAAGUCCCUCGAGGAACGCGGUGAAUCUGGUGACACAUUUGCUGCAGUUCUCGCAUACGCUAAGAAAUAUCGUCCAACCAUGCUCGUCCUGGAGAAUGUCUUCGGCGCACCAUGGGACAGAAUGUUGGCUGAAUACGAGCGGAACGGAUACGUCUCGGCCGGUGUUCUCGUGGACAGCAAGAAUUACUACCUGCCACAGACCCGCCAACGAGGUUAUAUGGUCUGCGUCGACGAGGCUAAGUUGGACGCCUGCGGCAUUGAUUCUGCUAUCUUCAAGGAAGACUUUCACGACAGGAUGGCGGACUUCAGACGUCCAGUCAGCUCUCCCUUGUCAUCGUUCAUUCUGCCCAACGACGACCCUCUGGUCACCCGGGCCAGUCAGUCCAUGGCUCGUCAGUCUUUGCUCGAUAGUUCGCUCAGGGAGGUGGGCUGGGCCAAGUGCGAGAUCCGUCAUAUCAACUACCGCAGAGNNAAGGAGCUCGGCAUCGCUCGCCCUAUGACAAACUGGCAGGAGAGUGGUACACUUGUCCUGCCUGAGAACUGCAGCCGUCUCUGGUUUGGCAAACAAGUCGAGCGCGUCUGGGACUUCGUGGACAUGUCACUGCUUCGUAAAGCCAACGUGACCGUUUUCCCGGAGAACAAGAGAACCAAUGUCACACCGGCUCCUCUUCCUGGAUACGAUGCUCAGUACAAGACUCGCAUUUGGGAUGUCUCGCAAAACAUCGAUCGCUUCACCGAUGGCGCGCCCUUUGGCAUCGCCCCUUGCCUCACUCCAUCUGGUAACUUCUACCUUACGGAAAGAGGCGCCCCUCUUACCCACACGGAGAGCUUGAUGCUCCAAGGUCUGCCCCUAGACAGAAUAUCUUUCACCACCGAGACGGAAAGAAACAUUCAGGAUCUUGCUGGAAAUGCCAUGAGCACCACAGUGGUCGGCUCGGCCAUCGCUUCUGUCCUCAUCGCUGGUUUCAAGACACUGCCCCAGGUAUCUAGCCGUAAAACUGAGACCAAGAAUCCUGCAUACAAGAGUGUCAUCACCACCAUCGAAGAGCUCGUUGAUCAGAAGACUUCUCAGACAACGGCAGAAGGUAUUGAUCUCCGCGAGCUCCAGGCUGAUGCCAACAAGUCAGUCGCCAUGUGUGUAUGCGAAGGGCAGAUUGGUCUGUCCGACAAGGCCAUACAGACCUGCAAUGAGUGCGGUCAUACUUCUUGUCUCACUUGUGGUGUAAAACCUAGCCAUGAGUAUGGCAAACCUUAUCCGCUUGAGCGUGGCCGUCCAGAGGAGUUUAUCCAGAAGUGGAGAUCUCGCCUCCCGAUGGCUCUCAAAUUCGAUUCUACGGGCGCCCUGAUGUCUCUCAUCACUCCACUUCCCGAAGUCCUUGACAUACGUAGCAAGGGCACAAAGGUCGCUCAGCAGAAGGUUACCAAGAUCAAGCAAAGCGGUCCGAACAAGAAGUACAUCUCCACAAUCAGAGAAGCCCUUGAACAUCCACUCACCUUCAAGGCUUUCAGAAGAACAUCUUCCUGGAUCAUCAUCUACGAGUCAUCGUUCGCCCGUCUCGAGCUUGUACUAGGUGGACAAACUUGUCAAUGGAAGCUGUAUGCAAAGCCUGAAGAUAAGCUCAGUGGUGAUGACGAGAUGCGCAAGUUCUUUGGAGAGCCAAUUGCCACAGCUCAAGUGACAGAAGACGCUUUCCUUGGCAACGACUGGAGAUGGCGACUCUUGCAAGAUUCCAAGAGUUUCUCGAGUAAGCUUACAAUCAGAGGCCAGGGCGAGAGAGUGCCGUCUUGGGCUGCUCGCCUCGGUCUACCCAGACAUGCAGAAGAUCGCGUCUGGUCCGAGUUGAUCAUCACGCCCAGCAGCGGCCAUGUCCUCCCGUCAGACAUCGAAGGGACUUACAAGCUCCUCCGCGACUGCGGCACCGCGUGCGAAUCUCUAUACAAGCGCGUCGAGGCGGCUGAAGGAUCUAGCAUGUUCUUGUUCCUGGACCCUACACGUAUUGGCAAGCCUGAAAACGAUUGUUUUGUCUUCGCUCGAGACCCCUCAAGACUGCAGUACGACCAAGUUAGGGAGAUCACGGCCAGAGUCGAUGCAGCUUGGAGGCCCGAGACACAAACCAGCACCCCUUCCUGCCUCGAGAUAUCAUUGAACGGCCACUGGGAUGAGGAUGAUUCCUGUUCGCUUCGUGCAGAGGACAUUAACCCCAGCCUUUGUCUCAAGCAUCCAUCUCUUCGAGACACCGAUUGCCGUGUCACCAAGGCAUUGGUAUCACUCAAAUUCGAUCUACCCUCUUCGACCUCUCAUCAACGGUGUGAAGGGCACCACCGGAUUGAACCUGACGACAAAGUCUUCUUUGCUGCUUUCGGAUGGGCUAUGGAACCUCUUCGUCAGAAUCUGAAGUUCUCAGGUGCUCAAGAUCUGUCUGCGAACCCUGAUUGUGGGUCAUGUGCCCCUACAGUCCCCGGAGUCAAUUUCCGCAUAGUUCCAAAGAAGAAUGGAACCACAGAGUUCCAACCUUAUGAAGAUUCAAAGACCGCUAGGGAUUAUGAAGCUGCCAUAAAAUCUCGCCCUCAGCCUUUCGUCAUCGAGUGCCAACUACAAGGCGACUCUGCCACCCUAACUAUUGGGUUAAACGCCACUACUUUGUGUCACAGAGCUGCCGCAAAGCUCAAGAUGCUGACCGGAUCAGUUGAUUCUGUGGCUUGGACGCUUGAUACGACCUGGGUAGAAGAGGCGUCUGCCAAAUCCCCACCUUUUACCCUUUGCAACAACAGCGACAACGUCCAAUGCGUUGCUGCCAAGGAGGUUCUAACUGGUAUUGAGCUUUUCGACAUUCAGCAGAGGUCGCUCACGUGGAUGAAGGAGCAAGAAUCUACUGUUGGCCGUCCGUUCAUUGUCAAGGAGACCGAAGAGGCUCUGCUUCCGCACCUCGGCUGGCGUCUCGAAUCAACGGCUGCUACUGAAAUCCACGUCAAGGGCGGCAUUCUUGCUGAUCAUGCUGGGUUUGGCAAGACCGUUACUUCUCUUGCACUCAUCCAAUCAGAAUUCAAGGAGAAGAGUCGAAAGCGUAUCUUGAAGGAGAUGUGUGUCAACGGAGGAGCUGCCCAGCCACAGCUUAUUCCCGUUGCUGCAACCUUGAUUGUUUGCCCGGACAACCUCGUUGGCCAAUGGUCAGGUGAGGUCAAGAGACUCGUUACCAUGGAGCACGACUCGGAUCUUGUCGCUAUCAUGACCAUUAAGGAACUGGGGCAGCUCAAGAGGGAGCAUUUUGAGAAAGCCAAGAUUAUCAUCCUGAGCAAGAAGGUCUUUGAACACAAGACUAGUUCGGAAUACCUCGAGCAGCUCGCCAUGUUUACCGCGAUGCUUGAAUACACUGGCAAGAAUAGUCGAGCCUUGCAGUUCUAUCUUCGUGAUGCCACUUCUCGAAUCCCAAAGCAUCUUGAAAUCCUCAGAAAACCUGAAGGCUCUUUUGAGCUGCAGGAGCACCUUACAAAGUUGUACAAGGAAACUUUGAAGGAUCCCCGGUACCGUGCAUAUGCGGAAGAAUCCAAGAGACUCAAGGGAAGAGCUUACGCCAAGAAGAAGAACGCGUCUAAAGUCUCGAGUCCCGUUGCGGAGGACCUUGACCAAGGCCGCAAGUACAAGAAUAAUGACACGUACAUGCUUCUCGAGAUGUUCCAGUUCAACCGCUUGGUUGUUGAUGAGUUUUCAUACACAGAAUCGCAUGAGCUCAUCAUGUACUGCAACAUCAACGCAUCCAAGCGUUGGGCUCUCUCGGCCACGCCUCGACUCAAGGAUACAUACGAUGUCUCGAGAAUGGCACGUUUCCUUGGUCUCGAGUUGCCGAUUGGCGCCAGUGCUCCUGGACUUCUAUCGACCGCAAACAUGUCAGCUUUGCGCAAGGAUAUGACAAACAUGGAACAAUUCGAGACUUUUAGGGAGCUGCCCUCACGCAAUACGCAANAGAGCAUUCAUGCUCUCGCCCAGGAAUUCCUUAACACGUUCCUUCGCCAAAACCUGAUGCGACACGAUCAGUACCCGUACGAAGACGAGCUUUUCACUACCACCUUGUACGCCGACAAUCGCCUGGUCUACACUGACCUCUCUCAANAAUUCAACUCUCAAGACAUGAGAAUACGCAAAGGCCGAAACAGAGUGGCUGAACUCAGCGUCAUGCCCNCCAAUGUCACCACAGCAGAGGAAGCUUUGUUGUGCACAGCCGCUAUUUAUGACCCUUUGAAGAAACUAUCAGAGGAAGCUCAGCGAAAGGGUACCAGUCCAGGACUUGAAGCCCUGGUCGAGCGUUAUGAGGGCCUUCACAGCAAAGCCCGAAAGUCGCUCCUGGCGAGAAUGAAGACUUGUGCUGAGAACUCCGGCAAGUCAAAGUUGUUCUCCAACUGGGUCGAUAAUGUUGUAGCCACCAACGUGUUUGGUGAUCAAGCUGUGGCCGACGAGAUAGCGGAGAUAGCUGCAACUGGGAUGGCAAAGGCUAAGCAGACAAGAAAGAGACAGCGAGCACAAGCCGUGGUUGAGGACAAGACCGAGAUUGCCAACGAUCAAGUGGGUAGUUCUGCAAACGAUGACGACUCGGAAGACGACCAACAGCCUGUCACCGCAGAGCAAGAGAGCGCCCAGGAGAUGGAGACACCGCUCGGACAUCUCAAGGACAACAUCAGCGACGCCGUUGGUGAUGCUAAAGCCUACGUCGCCUCCACAAGAACUCUUCGAUUCGUCAAGAAUGCCCUGAAGCACGAGAGGCGCCACCAGAACCCUUCGAACAGACUCACCUGCGAUGGGAAGGACUGUGACAACAUCAUCAACGACUCUGGUGAUCUCCGUCUCUCGGCCAACUGCGGUCACGCUUUGUGUACAGACUGCAUCGUGGCCAGCAAGAAUCUGCUUGGCAACUGUCCUGUCAGUGGAUGUAAACAGGAGGUCAGAUCUUAUCAUCUUCUCGAUCUCGGCAAGCUUGGAGACUCAACUGCUAGCAACUACGGCAGCAAAGCUGAUGGUCUUACGAAGCUGCUCAAGACGAUUGCAGCCCAAGGACAGCAAGCAAUCUUGUUUGUGCAGUUUACCCAUCAGAUCGAAGAUAUGAUCGAGAUUCUCGAUAGGGCCGGCAUCAGCCACCACCGCCCCACAGCCGACAAGGAGGGUCCUUUCAAGUCUUUCACCAAGAACAAGAAGAAGACGGUUUUGAUCCUGAACUCGAACGACGAGUCUGCCGCGGGCGCCAACCUUACGAAUGCCAACCACGUCAUCUUUUUCAGCCCCUUGCUGAAACGCACACAGUACGAGUACGAGGCUCAGAUGGCUCAAGCAAUCGGACGCGUUCGUCGUCCAGGCCAGAAGAAGCCUGUUCGUGUUUACCGCUUUGUUGCACUCGACACGAUUGAUGUCGAUAUCCUCGAGCACCGCGAGCACCGUACAAAGAUCAUGUCCGAGUACCAGGGCCCCGAGUGUGAGAAGCCCAUUCCUGGCACAGACUUCGAGGCCAAGCUUAAGCAGAAAUUGGACAAGCCUCAAAAGACGCAGUUGAUUCGAGACCGCAACGGCGAGUUCAAACUCGUCNCCCGUCAAACCCUGCUCGCCGCUGGAGGCGAAGGCGUCUUCGAAGGAACUGAGCGCAUUUUGGGAUACGCAAAGUAUAAUUCUUUGAUCAAGUUCUCAUCCGGCUUCAUUCAGGAUGAUUGA